AUGAGCGAGACGUUUGAAAUCAGCGACACCUCAUCGUCGUCUCACUCACUUGUAUCGGAGAAUGGGAAAAAGUAUUACUGUCUGAAUCCACCAGCGGCUGAGACAAAGCCAGAAACUUCUCAAGCCCCCACAGAAGUUGUCAAAAGUGGCCCUUUGAUCUGUGAGCCACGAGCUCCGUCAAGUGGUCCCAUGCACUACUACGGUGACACUUUGGUAGUGAAAAAUGCCCGGGAAAUGUUUAAUAAUAUUGACAUCCUAGCCGAUGGCCGUUACUUCUGUUGUGUGUGUAAACGUCCGUACAAAACGCACGCCACGUUGACUGCUCAUCUCCGGGGAUCCCAUUUGCGUCAGGAGAGUCGGUGUCUGGAAUCAGGAUGUAAUCACAUAUCUCUGACGGAAAACGAGAGGCGGAAGCAUCAGAAAAUGCAUGAUAAGACCAAGUAUCCGAAGUUUUCCAGAGAGAGUUUGGAACUACACCAAAAGAUAGAAAAUGUCACAAUUCCCGAGCCAAAGUAUCCCGGGGAAAAUGUGCUCCGCGAGCAAACGAUCAAAAACACCAAAGAGGUCCCAGGCAUGAAUUAUACUGUGGUGAGGAUAAAGAAUUUAGAUAUAAUGUUUUGGUUUUUGAAGGAUAAGAGAGGAAAAUACAAGUAUUCGUGCACGAAAUGUGAUCAACACUUUCAUAAUCAGUAUUAUGCUGCUCGUCAUUCGGAACUUCACAGCAACGCUCCGAAACAAUGCUUUUACUGUGGAGAGAUUCGACAAGGAACGAUGGAUCUUCAAGUUCACUACAUGCGAUUUCAUAAGCAGGAGGGCGUUCGAACGAUCACCUGCAAGGCUUGUGAGCGCGCAUUCACCACAACGACACUUUUCCGGAAUCAUGCCAAUCAGACAGAGUGCGAACUUGCGUGCCGGAAUUUGCUCAUUCGACAGGAUGUAUACUAUGGAGAGCUGCCGGAAGGAACGAUGAUAGACGCGCUCACUUUGAACCGCUUGAACUUCUUCCGCAAACGACAAGAAGAGCGAGAGCAGAUGGGCGGUACCAGUGAGACAGUGACAGCUCAAGAGGAGCCAACAGACGCAGCUGUACUAUCGUCAUCUGCAUCGCAAGAGGACAUUUUCGAUUGCUCAUCGAAUUCGUUAAUACAGACCGAGUUUGGACUCAAGAAGUUUAAGGAAUUUAAAACGGCUCGAGCGACGAUGAAACGAGGAAUCGAUGAUGGAGGAAAUGAUGAUGAUGACAGUUCAUCGUCGGCGAAAAAAGUGUUGACAGCACAGAAUACCUAUUCUCAGGAGGCGCCGAUGACAGCAACACAGCAAAAUCUCGACUGGGACAACCCAAACAUUAUCUAUCCACCGGUGACUUUUGGCUACGAUCCUCUCAUUGGAACUUAUCCAGACUUUCAACCAAUGCAACAGUUCACUCAAUUCCAAUCCUACUAUUCUUCUCAACCACCAGCCUACCAAGAGCCACUUUACAAUGACAUUCCUGUGGUGAAACAGGAAGAGGUGACAACCGAUUCGACCUACAGUAAUCCUGAACCCCGAGAGCCUCUCAACAGCACUUCCGACAUCGCAUCGGAGCUACUCAAUCAGCAGGAGGAGGUGGAUAUCGUUUUCGAAGAAUUGGAUAAAUUGGAUUUUGUCAUGCCAUCAACCCCCGAUCCUGAUAACAACGACGAUGACCUGGAAGGGAUGUUCAACUUUUGA